GUCGGUGGCCCAGGACGUCGCCGCACUGCAGAGGCUGGGCAUCACCCACGUCCUGAAUGCGGCCGAGGGUCGGUCCUUUAUGCACGUCAACACCAGCGCCAACUUCUACCAGGACUCGGGCAUCACCUACCUGGGCAUCAAGGCCAACGACACGCAGGAGUUCAACCUCAGCGCCUACUUUGAGAGGGCCUCGGACUUCAUCGACCAGGCCUUGGCACAAAAGAAUGGCCGGGUGCUGGUGCACUGCCGAGAGGGGUACAGCCGCUCCCCGACCCUGGUCGUCGCCUACCUCAUGCUGCGGCAGAACCUGGACGUGAAGGCGGCGCUCAGUACCGUGCGGCAGCACCGCGAGAUCGGCCCCAACGACGGCUUCCUGGCCCAGCUGUGUCAGCUCAACGACCGGCUCCGGCGGGAGGGGCGACUGAAGCUCUAGGGCCCUGCCACCGCCUGCCACACCACCCCGCGCCACGCCACUCCUGUGCCACUGCGAGCAAGUCACUGUCCCCUGCCCACGUCACAAGGCACCAGCCGGAGGGUCCCAGCACAGCCCCGGGCCGCGUCCUCUGGGGACACACGAAGCUUUGCCAGGGGCCUGCUCCCCACUGUCCUGGUGGCCUCUGUCUCCGCGGAAGAGCUGCUCCCCGGUCGGAGGUGGGGCGCCCCGCAGGACCUCAGCACUGAGCCCGGUAAAGGAGGAUGAUGCACACGUCCACCCCUGGCCCCCGGUCCACACCCUGCCCGCAGUGCCUGCUGUUGUCUUGGUGGAAGCCCCCCACGUCCUCUGGUUAUUUCCCCAGGCCUCGGACACCACCCCUGGAGGCCGGGCAGGCUGGAGGCCGGGCUGUGUGCCCCUGCCCUGUGCUUGGCGCUGGCGAUGGCUUGAGCGGCCGCUUCGUGUUUAGAAGGGCGUUGGGCGGGGCCUUGCGCUCCAGCCUGUUGGCAGCCCCAGCGCCAGGAGCCUCACCACAGGCUUCGUCCUGAGCCCGCGUGGGCCGCAGCCCCCGUGCCGUCUGCUCUGCUUCUGUUGCUCUUCUGAGAGCGGGAGGAGGAGCCGGCCCCGCUCAGCGGGUGUGCGUGCAGGCGUGGGUGCGGGCUCUGCCUGGCGGAGCCCCGGCCGUGUCCCCAGCCCAGCACGCGUGUGUCCCAUGCGGGCAGUGGGUGAGCUGGGUGUACGUGGGUAACGCCCCGCUGGCGCCCAGCUCCCGGAGGCCUGGGUUCUUGCAGGAGCCCUGCCAUUGGCAGGGGGACAGCAGUGUCUGCAGUGUGCGUGGAGCUCAGCUUGCACUCCGGCCCCAGCGCAGCGGGGCUGUGCGUGAGAGGAGUGGGACUCGCGGCCCCGGCGGUGAGGCCCCGCGCUGCCCAGACGCACGGCCAGCAUCCCCUGCACCAUGCCCCAGAGCUGCUGUCUUCCCAGGUCACCGCUGAGGGCGCGGCUGCACCCCCUCCACAGUUUGGGUGCGGCUCCCCGCCCACUGUGGGCUGCAGAGUGAGAAGGCUGUGACCCCAGGCUGCCGCUCGCUGCUCUCAGAAGCGGGGUUCUCUCUCCUAGGCUGCUGCCCCGUGGGGUGGGGUGGGGGUUGGGUCCACCACCCAAGCCCUCUGUCCAGCGUGAGAAAGAGGUGUGAAAUGGGGUCCCCAUAGAGCACCCCAAGUCAGCGCUUCCUUCCUGAGGCUCAGCCAGAGUCGCCGAGGACAGCCAGCUGCCUGGUCAGCACCUCCAAGCCUCUAGGGACACGCGGAGGAGGCUGGAGGAGACUCCCGCUUUCUCUGGGGACUUGCUUGGCUCCGUCGACCCCAGAAGCCCAGAGAUUCAGCCCCCGGCUCGCUGAGUGAGGCCGUGUCCUGUGAGAGCUGUCCCCGCGGCUGUCUGCCCUGGGAAGGGCAGCGCAGGGCCUGAGGGCGCCCCGUGCCCCGCCUGCACACCCGCCCUUCCUGUGGCUGGCAGAGCCGCGGCUGGCUUUUCCCUGGGCCUCCAGGCCCGUGCCCUUCGCGGGCUGUCUCUCGGCUCCUGCAGGUCAUUGAGGCGCAUGCCGAGGGGGUCGGCAGGUGUCGCUGCGUCCCCGCGGUGGCGGAGGCCGGCUGCCUGCGGUGGGAUCUGCUCGCAUGCAGCAGCCGGCAGGAGCCGCCCUGAUCCCGAACGCUGAGACCGUUCUCGGAGGCCCUGGCCGCAAACUGUGGCCAGGAACCCCGCAGAGCCAGCGCGGCGCCGCCCUCUGCGAGCACCGCAGGUCCCAGCGGGGGCUGGCAGCUUCGCCUGCAGCCCGCUCCCCUCCUGCUGGCUUGAGGGUGUACUGAGUGUGAUUCCGGGACGAGGGCAGAGGCAAGCUGCUCGCAGCGGGCCCUGGUGGGUGGCUCUGCAGAGCCUGGCACACACAAGGCCCGUCCCCCACUGCCACCAAAAAAGAAAAAACAAAAGCAAGUUAAAUGUCUGCUAUAUCACCAGUCUGUGUUAAAACACUAAGAUCGCAACCAGAAUAAAUGUCUUCCCAACAAA